GUAACUAUAGUGGCGACGGCUCUGGUAGUGAUACUAUUACUGGACGUGACUUCGGCUCAAAUCACUUUCUCAAAGGACUGGCGUCCGGGCGGUAAACGUGCCGUUGAUAACUAUGGCUGUCAGCAAAUGGCCGAUUUGGCCGUUAUUAAGAUACGGGAACUCAUCAGGAGAGAAUCACUGAAUAUUCUUCACUGCGAGUCCGACAAUCAUAUGACUGCACCCAACGAUUCGGUCAAA